AUUCUCAACUAUUGGGUCCGGUUCAAUCAUAUAGUGUUCUUCUUAUGACUUGCGUGCCAUAAAUGUUUCACAGGUUCUGGAGAUUUAAGCUGAAGCCAUGGGUUGUAGUUCAUCAUCGUCAUCUGGUACGGGAAACUCGAUCGAAGAAGUUAAAACCCAAGAGCAGGUUUCACACCAGAAAAAUGGAGUAGAUAACAAUCCCACAGAAGCUGUCGACAGAUCUCAGAGUGUACAGGCAUCACCACUGAAGACGACAAACAAUUACCAAACAAUACCACACAAACAAACCACGUGCAAUGAUAAAGAAAAACCCUCAGCAAAAUCUGAUAAUUUCAAACUUGACUUUGACGAAUUCAAAGAUAUAGAUGAACAUGCCAGACAGGCACCAAGAUCUGCCGAAGAGUCGAUAGAAACAUUAGCCAAAUAUCUUGCCAAACCAGCAAAGGAUGAUACAGAAGUUGUACGAGCGCUUUAUGUGUGGGUUUGUGAAAACAUAAGGUAUGACACCGAUGCCUACUUCGGAGGGACCUUGUCAUCUCUAGCCACUAAGGGUGGUGAUGUUUUAAAGAGUAAAACCAGCGUUUGUUCAGGAUAUGCAAACGUGUUUGAAUCAUUGUGCCAAGCACUAGGCAUAACUUGUAAAAAUAUCAGCGGGUACUCAAAAGGAUAUAGUCAUAAACCUGGCGACACUAUAACAUAUAACCAGAAAACCAAUCAUGCAUGGAACGUUGUUCAGCUGAAUGGAGUGUGGCGAUUCAUAGAAACUACAUGGGGUGCAGGUCACGUAACUAAAGAAAAGAAAUUUGUAAAGAAUUUCAGUAACUUUUUCUUUCUCACUCCACCUGAAAGUUUUAUUUACGAUCAUUUUCCGUACUUGAACAACAAUAUUGAAGAUAGUAAGAAGUGGCAGCUUCUUGAAACUCCAAUCUCAAUAGAGGAAUAUUCAAGGAGACUUAAACCGUUUAAAAAAGCCAGAGAAUAUGGCGUCAAAUUUACAUCUCAUCCAUACGAAACAAUCAUCGUCAACAAUUCACCAUGUACAAUAAUAGUUGAGACAACAGGUUAUCCAUUCCAGAAUUGCUGGUAUAAUUUAAAUGAUGAUAAAGGUACAGCGAUCAAUGCCGGGGCUAUUAUGGUGUGUGAAAAUAACAAAUCAUGUAAGACCACUUUACGCCCUCCGCAAAAAGGAAAGUAUACGCUCGCAUUACAUGCAGCAAUAAACGAUACAAAUAUUUCAAUAGCCAAGUAUAUAAUUGAUUGUUUUGCUGUUGAACCAAACUGGAAACCUUUUCCAAACAACACUGGUUACUAUGGCCCGAAGCCUGAUUUCAUUGAUAGAGCAUUUGAAAGGUCCUGUAUCAACCCGUUCUAUGAAUGUAAAAAUGGAAAAUUGGAUCUCUUAUUGAAGACAAUAUCAACACCUGAUGUACUAGUUCAAUUACACGAUGCCGAAAAUGUCGACCAAAAGGAUUACCUGAUUGUAGAGAAAAAUGACUCCUCCAUCAAUAUAAAGUUACGGUUAUUAAAUACGGGGUAUUAUAAACUUCAACUGUUUAGCAAAGUCGACCAGUCCUACACUUUGGCAUAUACAGUACUCAUACUAAACAUUGCAGAAUCGAACGUGAAAUCAAAGUUUCCAAUUACCUACUUAAGUACUAUAAAUUAUAAGUGUCAGCUAAUUCAACCAUUAGUUAGAGAACUGCCGGCAAAUUCUGAAAUUUGCUUUGAGUUUACCUCUCCAGCUUUUGAAAGCAUUCUAGUAAAUAAGAAAAAAAUCCUCCAAGAUAGCAAAGAGAAAUGGAAAGUUACAGUUCACACAGGCGAAUCUGGAGAAUUACGAUUGUCAGGAAAACCUGCGGAUACAGAUGACAACUCAUACAAGACAAUUUAUACAUUUGUAAUAAAACCAUAAUAUUCUUUGUACAA